AUGCCGAGCAUAGAACUUGACGCACUUGUGGUAGGCGCCGGAUUUGGCGGCAUCUACCAACUAUACACACUUCGGAAGCUCGGCUUCUCAGUCAGGGUUAUUGAUAGAGCUGGUGGUGUUGGGGGAACAUGGUACUGGAAUCGUUACCCUGGUGCCAUGAGCGAUAGUGAAAGCUUCGUGUACAGGUACUCAUGGGAUAGGGAGGACCUGAAAACAUGGCCUUGGUCGCAUCACUAUCUUCAAGGACCGGAAAUUCGGGAGUAUCUCGAACACAUAGUUGAUAAACACGACCUUCGGAAAGACAUCCAACUCAAUACAGAAUUGCUCAGUGCAGACUGGAAUGCUCAACAGAAUGUUUGGCGGGUAACGACCAGCACAAACGAGGUAUUCCAAGCACGAUACUUGAUCACUGCGCUAGGUUUACUCUCUACGGCGAAUUUACCAAAGAUACCAGGAUUGGAUGACUUCCAAGGGGAGCUGUGCCACACCUCUCGCUGGAGGGAUGAUAUCGAUUUGACUGAUAAACGCGUUGGUGUUCUCGGAAACGGAUCAACAGGCGUGCAAGUGAUCACAGCCAUAUCCUCACAUGUCAAGUCGCUUGUCAGCUUCCAAAGGAGUCCUCAAUACAGCGUACCUAGUGGCAAUAGGCCGGUCAAACCUGAGUAUCGACAGUGGCUAAACGAAAAUUAUGAUGAGAUCAUGGAUGGCCUCCCUAAAACAUCGACCUGUUUUGGCUUUACUGAGUCGACGACAACCUUCGCCUCAGUCGACCCUAACAAGCGUGAAGAGGUCUUCCAAGGCCUGUGGGAUCAGGGGAACGGCUUCAGGUUUAUGUUCGGUGGAUAUUCCGAUAUUGCCAGCAACAAAGAGGCAAACGAAGCCGCCUGCAAGUUUGUCAAAACAAAAAUCGCUCAGAUUGUCAUAGACCCCGAAAAAGCAAGGAAACUGAUGCCCACGGAGCCUUAUGCGAGACGGCCUCUCUGUGAUGGCGGCUAUUAUAAGCAGUUCAAUCGUCCAAAUGUCGAUAUCGUCAAUCUUCAGGAUACUCCGAUCGACCAUAUUAGUAGCACUGGAGUCAAAACGACAGAUGGCAAGUUUUACGAAUUAGAUGCUUUGAUACUGGCUACGGGAUUUGACGCUGUCGAGGGAAGUUAUACGAGAGUUCGCUUCCGUGGGAAGUCCGGCGCAACACUUGCCGACCACUGGAAAGGUGGACCUAAGAGUUACCUUGGAUCAUUUGUUCCUGGUUUCCCUAACCUCCUUAUGAUCAGUGGACCUCAAAGUGCAUUCACGAAUGCCCCACCAAAUAUCGAAGUCCAGGUCAAGCUGCACUGUGACCUGAUACAACGAGCAGAGAAGUUGCGGUCAGCUGGUACGAACACCGUCAUUGAGCCACUUCCCGAGGCUGAGGCGGACUGGGGUGAGUACUGCAAUGAGUUGGCCAAUGCUACCUUGUUCCCGUCUGUCCCAUCCUGGAUAUUUGCCAAUAUCCCAGGGGCACCGAGCCUUAUCACUCGUUUCUUCCUCGGUGGUCUGGCCAAGUUCAUUGAGAUCCUAGACGGUGUGGCACAGGCCGGUUAUGACGGGUUUGUAGCUCCUCUAGGCAGUGGUCGCAAGGAAGUCCACAAUGGUCCAUCGAAAAAUGGUGGGCUGGAAAAUGGCUCUGUGAACAAGGCCACAGUCGAAGUGGCGCUUGGUUAG